CACUAAUUCGCAGUUUAUAAAAAUCGAAUUAAAUACAGUCAUUUCAUCUCUCUAUUUUGUUCUUCAAUUCUCUGAAAUAUAUAUAUAUAUUCCGUGAAUUCUUAUUUCUUUUGGCGAAUUGCCCUUUCCCCUGAUAAUUGCACGGUUUUCAAAGACAACUUCACUCAAUAUGGGGAGGUGUUCAACUUUCGGAACUGAGAAUUUUCAGUUCAAUUACUGCCCAUCUCCUGCGGCAGCAAUCAUCUUCUCGCUUCUGUUCGGCCUUGCUACAAUCGGACAUCUUGUUCUGGCUAUAAGAUACCGGAAGAAGUUUUGCUGGAUCAUUAUCAUGGCCGGCGCAUGGGAGACCAUUGGUCUCAUACUUCGAGUCCUUUCAACAUAUAACCCCACCAUGCAAGCCUAUUCAUAUCCCUCUCAAGUCCUUAUUCUGUUAGCGCCUCUCUGGGUUAAUGCCUACGAUUAUGUCCUAUUGGGUCGAAUGGUGUGGUAUUUCCUAGAUGACCACCGUGUUGCCAAGAUAAAGGCGAGGAGAUUGGCACUGAUAUUUGUCCUAUGUGAUAUCUGUGCAUUUAUUAUACAAGUGAUAGGAGCACUCCAGACGCAGAGCAAGGACCGACAAACGAUAGAAAAUGGUCUCCAUAUCUAUAUGGGCGGUAUCGGUAUUCAACAGUUCUUCAUCUGCUGCUUUGCCUGUCUCGGUGUUGUUUUUUGGCGUAAAGCAACUGCCGGCAGGGCUAUUCCACGGCCAACGGAUUGGAGAAAAAUGUAUUACGUCUUGAACGGGACUCUCGUCUUGAUAUCUAUACGUAUCAUCUACAGGCUUUGCGAGUUCUCCCGCGGCGGCAACACUAACAUCACCACACAUGAGGCGUACUAUUAUGUCCUAGACGCUCUACCAACGUUCCUUGCGCUGGUUCUGCUUUGGUUUGCGCACCCGGGUACGGUCCUCGUUGGCCCAGACAGCGAGUUCCCAGAAGACGAGAGAUCCUGUUGGUGGUAUUGCUGCUGCUGUGGCUGUUGUCGGCAAAGGAAGAGAAAAAAUAGAGUGCCGAACAACGAUGUGGAGAUGGAUGGGGAAUUAAUCAAUAACGCAGCGAAAUUCUCUGGAUGAGGUUUGAUGGUGCCACGUCAAUGAAAAGCUCGCCCUACUCCCGUAUCUGACAAUUGUGGCUCGUUGUCAAGAAGACAUAUGCCAUCUUCUCAUCUCUCUAGAUUAUUUUCAAUCUCUGCUGUUGCAGUGUUGCUCCAUCCUGGAAUCUGAAUAUACCCCCUUUCAUGUACAUCCUUUGUCCUGUCCGUUUCUUGUCAACAAUGGAACCUAAAUAGUUUAAAUCUACUGCAAAAAAUAGGACGACUUCUUCAAUAGAAUAUAUCAGAGACUGUAUAGAUUCUUGCAAUCACCAUGCUGAGUUAAGCGCUUUAACAGAACUACUGC